AGACGUGUGGCUACUGUCAGAGAAACACCCUAACACCACACUCGUCUUUGUUUCUAGAAAUCACGAAUUCGCGAUCCCUCUCUUCAAGUCUCAGCUAUAUUUCACGCCUAGCUAGGCAAUAGUGAAUUAAUCGAGAGGAAAAUUCAAACCCUAAACAGAAAAAUGGCGACAUUUGAGCAAGCACCACCAGGCGAAUCAAAAGCCGGAGAGAAGAUCUUUAAGACUAAGUGCGCUCAAUGCCACACCGUCGACAAAGGCGCUGGCCAUAAACAAGGACCUAAUUUGAAUGGGCUAUUUGGAAGGCAAUCUGGUACAACCGCUGGAUAUUCUUAUUCUUCAGCUAACAAGAACAUGGCUGUUAUUUGGAGCGAGAAUACUCUUUAUGACUACUUGCUCAACCCUAAGAAGUAUAUUCCUGGAACGAAGAUGGUGUUCCCUGGAUUGAAGAAGCCACAAGAGCGAGCAGACCUCAUUGCAUAUCUUAAGGAAGCAACUGCUUAAUCUACUGCCUUGUCCCCUUUUUUUGUAUUCGUUAGUAGUAUUGGGUUACUUCUCUUAAAGGAAGAAUCUGGCCUUGUUGCAAUAAAACCAGUCAGGGUUCGAAAUGCUCUGUAUUUUGAGAGUUUAGAUGUGUAGGGAAAAUUGGUUUCUGGUGUAUUGAGCCCUUUUUCAUGAGGCAUUUCAUGAACAAUGAUAAUUUUUUCUUUCGAAGAGCUAAGCUCAUGUAUAGUAUCUGUUUGUAAUUGUGGCUUUUGUCGUUA